AUGGUUCCCGGCCUGGCAUAUUCAAUCAAUUCGACCUUGCCAACGCCGACCUGCAGCGAACGGUGCGACUUGGGUGGACGAACGAACCCUCCAAAGGAAAGACGUUGGUGGAUUUGUCUUGGCAGAGCCGAAGGAAUCCGUCUAUAUUGCUGCGCCCGUUCUCGUCGGCCGACCGUCCGGCGUUCAAUCAUGUGUUACUUCGAUCAAACCCGCUGGACCUGCGGCUACUGGAGAUGGGGCCACUUCCGUCAGCAGUGCAACAAAGAGUAUCGAAUGGGCGAGACCUGUGGCCUCAAACUCGUCUAUGAAACCAAGCCAGAGCAAGGUGUCUGCAAGUUGUGUCGAGACAUGGAGAAGAAGCAGCGGCGAUACGACAAAAUGUGGCGCGACGUGGAGCGCUGGCAGCGAGAGGGCGGAAAGCCUGCCACUGUCGAACGAACAAUGGGCGAGAUGCAGGAGGUGCUAGGACAAAUCUAUCGCUUAAAAGAUGAGCAUGACCAUCGGCUACAGUCCCUUGGCCAGGUAUGA